AUCAUGAUUGUAUUUCAGCAGAGUAAUUCCAGAUGAUGGCAGUAAUGCAACUUCUACGAUGCAAGCUGCCGUUAAAAACCACAGAAGAAGAACAGCUCUCCUGAACAAAAACACUUGGAUCAAAGCGCUCGACACAAGAUACAGCUGUUGAAUGGAAGUGGCGAGGCCCCGAGGGAUGGGUCCAGAGAGAAUCUCCCCGAGCUCCGAGGAGGAUGAGGCGGAAGACCGGCCUCUAGACACCGCUGUGCCGGGGGAGUGGAGCGGAGAGGACAUGGAGGAGGACGAGGACGAGGACGGAGGCGCUGGAUAUUACUAUCAGCCUCUGAAUCAAGAGCCAGAGGGGACGAGCGGCUCACACACAGAGCCCGUGGAUGAAGGCUCCCCCGCAGAGCAGCUGCAGGAGGUCCAGGGGCGAAUAGAGGCCAUGGGUCUGUUCCUGCCCCAGCCUCCUCCUCCUGACAGUGAUGAAGAGGAGGAUCCUGAAGGAGCCGCUGCUUGGAGAAGUUACGCGUCCAUUCCCAUGGAUGAAGAUCAAGUUGAGCUGGUGAAACGGACCAUGGCGGCUGUAAAUCUGCCGACUCUAGUAAUCCCUGCGUGGGCCCAGGAGAUCUCAGAUGACCAGUGGAAGGACAUGGUCCAGCAGACGCUUCAGUCCACACACAGCUCUGCACGCCCGAGACUGGAACGCAAGUGAAACAGAUGUGCUCCUCUCAAACUAAUCAAAUAGCAUAUUUAUCACCUUCGCUGUGGUUUAUACAAACUGUGGACUGAAAAGCCUUUUAAUUGCUUUAAGCUGAUACACUGCAAGUGUCCAGUUGAUGCCGUUAAACAGAAGGUGAAAACUGUCCUGAAAACACCCCAGAUGUUUCUCAACCCAUCUGUAUAAAUUAUGCAGGGUUUUCUUGAGGUUUGUAAAGUGGAGAAUUUUGCAAGACUUGUAUGUCAGCAUAUAUAGUGCAUCUCAGUCAUAAUCACAUCUAAAUGAAUCUGACUGUUGAUAUCUGUGCAAUGAGUGACUGAUCCUUUAUGUAUCUCACACGGCUCGAGCAACACAAAUGGCUGUCGCGUCUUUUGUUUCUUUAUUUUUCGUUCUGUACAUACAUGAACAUCUGUACAAAAUAUGACUUUCAUACUAUGUAAUGCGCAACCUAA